CAAGAUGUCUGCGCCCAUGAUAUCCGACAUUUUCAAUUUUUACUGAUUGUUUUAGUGAAUUACUAAAUGAUUUUCACAAACCAUGAAGUUUACUCUUAGAAUCCGAACCGAGCAAGAAGAAGACAUCGAUUGGAGUGUAAAUCCAGAUGAAAUAACUUUCCCAAAUGUCUUAGAGGUCAUUUCAAAAAUUCUUCCGGGUAUAACUACUACAGCCUUUCAAUAUGUGGAUGAAGAUGGUGAGAAAAUCACCGUACGCAGCGAUGAUGAGCUGAAGGCCAUGUUCGAGAUGUAUGAGUGUGAGAUUUCGGAGGAGGACCUUGCUCGAGGGACCGUCCCACCUCUCAUCAUCUACCCGAGAAUUGGGAAAACACCAAAGGACAGAAACAGAUAUGACUUGAAGAUCAAAACAGAAACUGGAAGUAGCAAACCACCCAAAAACCAAAGUUCUCCAUUUAUGCCAGACAUGAGCCACCACAAGGCAAAGUCCAGUACCGAGCAGUUUUCCCAGAAAAUUACCUCCCCUUUACACCCUCUUCCGGGGAACCAGCCUUUCUCACAAGGUUCCCAGCUUGGAUAUAAUUCAGGUUCCCAACAGCCAACCAGCCCACAGCCAAUGGACGUGCCUAUGACCCCACAGAGUAUUCAGAUAGCCAGCUUACACCAAGUAAGCCCCCAGGCUGUCCAAAUAGCAGCAGACUAUGAGCAGCAGCAGAUGAGCUCGCCCACACAGACAGAGACGGACAGACGGACUGGAGAUAUGAAGCAGCUGUUGACGGGGGGAACGAUUGACGUGCAGCACUUGCAGCAGGUGGAGAUGAUAGGGAGUGGAAAUGGUGGAAAUGUCUACAAAGCCUUGCAUGUUCCCAGCCAGACAUUCAUGGCAGUGAAAGUAAUUGAAUUAGACGUGGAUAUAGAAAUACAGAGAAAGAUUAUCCUGGAAUUGGAUAUUCUACACAAGUGCGAUUCUCCCUCCAUCAUAGGUUUCUAUGGGGCGUUCUUUAUAGAAAACAGAAUCUCAAUAUGUACAGAAUAUAUGGAUGGAGGGUCCCUGGAGCGAUAUGGUCGUAUUCCCGAGGAGAUCUUGGGUCGUCUUGCUGUCAGGAUUAUAGAAGGACUGCUGUAUAUGUGGAGCCUAAAGGUCCUUCACAGAGAUAUAAAGCCGUCUAACAUUCUAGUCAAUACCAAAGGUGAUGUCAAGCUGUGUGACUUCGGAGUCAGUACGCAGCUUGUAAAGUCCAUAGCAAUUACUUAUGUCGGAACAAAUGCUUACAUGGCGCCAGAAAGAAUAAAGGCAGAGAAUUAUGGAGUGCCAUCAGAGGUUUGGAGUCUCGGUGUCACAUUGUUUGAGCUUGCAACAGGGGAAUUUCCAUUUCAAGAGAUGGUGUCAAAAUCAAACCCUGGUAGUAUGUUCAACAUGAUUUUAGAAGGGAGGACUCCAGUAUUACCACAAGAUGUAUUCUCACCUGAGCUUAGUGAUUUUGUAGCAAGAUGUAUGCAGAAAGAUCCAGAUAGGCGAAUAACCCAAAUAAAUGUUCUGGGUCACCCACUGAUCCAGAAGUACCUACAGGAUAGAAACAUUUCUAAGGUGCUGUCAGCCUGGAUAACCAGUCAACUCCAGUUGUCCAAGGCACGGAGCACUCAACAGUCUUCAUAGCGUAACAUUUGCUCAAUCACAGAACACUCAACUGUCCUUAUAGUUAAAGCUGCUGAAGACAAAGAGCAUAUCCAAAAAUCGCCAUAGUUACAGUUGCUCAAGGAACAGAGCACUCAACAGUCUUAAUGUACAGUUGCUCAAAGCAUGAUGCACUCAACUGUCAUCAAUCCAUAAAAAAAUAAGUCUGGCCUUUUAACAGUCCUCAUUGCAAACUGCUGGUGGCAUAUUGUACUCAACAACCCAUGUAAUUGUACAUACUGGACAACACUUGCAAUAUCCAGGAUCUCUCAGCCUGAUGCACUCAACAACCUUUAUGUUAAGCUGCUUUAACCACGGUGCACUCAACAAGCCAUGUUUCAUCCACAAUUGUUGUCUUUAACUAAUUAGAAGUUUUGAAAGCUACAAUCUCCAGACAAAUGCUUGGAGCAGUCAACACCCUUCCUAACUCUUAACAAGUCCAGUUCUGUUAAAUGAAAGCUUGUAGCAACCCAUCUACAUGAAUGAGCUAUGGAAUGGUGCUAAAUGAUAUUUUAGUAUAUGCUGUGCAUAAUAGAUAUUAUGUUGUGCCAUUUCCAUUAAAGAAAAGGACGGCUUUAGUACUGACUAGUGGUACUUGCAGGUAUCUUUGCAUGUGGUGAAGCAUGCAAUUUUUAUUCACCGAGUCUUGUUUAAUGUAGUUUUCUGUUGUGCAAGAUUUAAAAACAGUGCCAUGUUUUCAACAACUGUUUGAUUUAUAAAAGGUGUGUUAGUUAUUCCUUUUUCUGAAAUGAUACAAAAGGAAUCGAGUUAAGUAUAUAAAUUCAAAUAGUUGUUUUACUACAUGUCCAUUGACUGUAUAUGAGAGUGUUAAUAUAAAAAGUUGAGGGUCACUAAAAUUUCUAUGCAGCGCUUUGCAGAUUACAUUCCCUCUGAUUCUAAACUGAUCACAAGGUGUUAUUUAUAUAGAGGAUAUUUGUUUCAGUGUAAUAUCUAGAGGAUAUUUGUUUAUUUCAGUGUAAGAUCAUAUUUUUUUUUCACGAGUGUCAUAGAAAAACAUAUUUUCACGAUUGGCAAAUUUUCUGUUUCUUUUAUGCUUAUUUUCCAAGUUUUGUACAAUUCUAAAAAAAAAUCUUCAUUGCACGCUUUUUUGAAAAAGAUGUUAUUUACGCCGCUACCCGUGGGUUUGAUAUUUUCACUGAUUAUGAUUAAACUCAAUGUUUCAUUGUCAAAAGCAUGAAAGAAAGCAAUAUUUUUUCAAAGAGUGAGCACUUAAAGAUAUUUUUCAUGUGAGGUGUUGGGACGAGUGAAAUAUUUACUUUUGCUGUAUACAAGGUGAAAUGUAAUGCAAUCCAACACUAAACCAAACAAUUUUACUUUUCAUUGCAUGCUUAAUAUGGAUCAAUAUCAGUAAUUAUUUGACGCCAAAUUUUAUCAAAAUUCAGUCAUACAAGAAAUGACAUCAUUGAUUGUUUUCCCAGCACUGUGUGCCCCAGCACUGUGUGCGAUUUCAUUUAAUUUGAGAGUAGAACAGGCUAAAUUCAGUGAAACAGUAAAAUUAUAUUUUUAUGCCAACUGUUUGAAAUGGUGAGUUUAACAGGACAUAAACCAUUAUAUUCCAAUAAACCCAUGAAAAGCAUGAACUAAAUAAAUGUAUUACACAUCUAUUUAUAAUGGCUGCAAUCCACAUGAGUUGUUUACAUUUAUUGUAUUACAUACAUUGUAUAACCAAAGAGUAUUGCAUGGUAUAAGAAGUGAAAUUAUCUUUUGAGAAUUUACUGUUUGGAAUGGUAAGUUUAACAGGAUAUUGUCCAUUACUUUUCAAUAACUCCUAAAACCAUGAAUUAUACAUCAAUUUACAAUCCACUGCAUGCUGUUGAUGUGUUGAUUGCAUUUCAUACAUGUAUUACCAAAGAGCACAAAACGUAAUAUAACAAAAAAAGAAUCGUUUAUAUUACUUUGUUCAUUUUAAUUAUAAGCCGAAUUAUGAAACUUUGUCUUUUCAUCUUUGUGCAGUGAAGUUUCGGAGUAUGUAAUUUUAUGAAAAAGACUUUGUUUCUGUUUUAAUUCUUACAAUUAUUUAGUUUCCACUUAUUUCUGAAACAUACAUAUAUAGUAUUUAAAUUGUUUAAAAGUGCUACAUAUACAGUACCGGUAUAUGUUUUUUCCAGUUUUUUUCAGCAAGAUUUUUAUAAUUCAUAGAUAUUGCUUUAAUAAUAUUGAAGUAGAUUAUGUAAUAGGAUGUUGUUGAGUAAUCAAGUUAAGAAAUACUUUGUCAAUAAAUCUAAAUUAAAGCUGUACUCUCAAAGAUGUACCAUUUUUACAACAUUUUUAUUUUUUGUCUUGAAAAGAGCAUUUUUUUGCAUAUAUUUCUGCAAACCAAUGAUUUAAGAUUGCUGACAAAAAAUCAGAUCUUAGAUUUCCAUAUUUCCAUUCGAAAAUCAAUGUUUUAUGGCUUAAACCGUUACUAAUGGUUUAAGAAAAAUGCAUAAAACAUCUUUUUUUUACUUAAAUAUAAAAAUCUGCGAUCUAAAUUUUGUCAGCAGUCUUACAUAACUUGUUCCCAUGGAUUUUUGCAAAAAUUGGCUCGUUCCAAGAUAAAAAAUAAAAAAGUUGUCAAAACUUUCAAUCUGUGUGAGUGCAGCUUUAAAGACUUGGUUGAGUAAUCAAGUUUAGAAAGACUUUGUCGAGUGAUCAUAUUUUGCUUUGAUGAAAUUAAAUUUGAUUUGUUGCUACAAAGUCCUGUUUACCACAUGUAUGUAUUAUAUAGGUGCCUAUAACUAAAAGACAUUAUAAAGUACAUCUGCUGUUUAACAUUUGUGCUGCCAUCAAGAGAUUUAUUUUUCAAAAGUUCAAUGCAAGUUUGAGUAAGCAGCAUAUGAUCAUUCAUGUAUAAUUAUGGUAGUUUUGUUUAGCUAGUGAUUGAUAUGAAUCAUCAUAGUUCUGUUAUAUUCUAGGGCAUUGCUCUAUAUGCAAAGGUAAUCCCCAUGUUAAUGUUUAUCCCAAAUUAGGUUGAACGUAUCAGUCACAUUUGUUAUUAUAUUUUAAGUGUAUACAGUAAUUCUACAAGUGUGCUGGUACAAAAAAUAUAGAAACAUUUAUAUUAUUUUACUGUGAUAGUUAUAUCAUUCAAGAUUGUUAUUUGAUAAUAAAGGUAU